AACAUAUGUAGGUAUUGGCAAACUUGCUAGUGCUCUGGGAGGCUCCGGGGGAUCGUCUUUUGAUGCAUCGGCAUCAGUCACUGGAAAUGUUUUAUCGGGGCGAGUUGCUGCUAGUGCUUGGCUUAGUUGUUGUUGUGGGUGUUCCAGGCAGUGCAGCUAGACCCCAGUCUUUCGCUAGGAAUAACAAUCCGGCUACAACUGAAGACUUCAUCAACCGAUAUCGCUUGAAUUCGGAACGUUAUCGAGUUACUACCGAUGAUGGAUAUCGAUUAAUCACCUAUCGACUUUUGACGAAAGGACCCGCCAAAGGAGUGGUUCUUUUGCAGCAUGGAUUAAGACAAUCCGCGGUAGAGUGGCUGUUCCUGAAGGACAGUUUACCCUCAAAAUUACUGCAGGCCGGCUACGAAGUAUGGCUGGGGAACUCCAGGGCGUCUCCGGAAAAUGCCGGACACACUAGGUUUUCCAAUACAAGUGACAGCUACUGGGACUUCAGCUUCCAUGAAAUCGGGUAUUACGAUAUGCCGGCGCUAAUUGAUGCAGCCCUCGUAACAUCCGGCCACAAGAAACUUCAUCUCAUAGCGUAUUCCGAGGGAGCUACUUCAUCAAUGGUCCUCCUCUCGGAAAACCCCAAAUAUAACGCCAAGAUCUCCUCGAUCAACCUGAUCGCCCCGGCAGUCUACAUGGGAAAUAGUCGGUACAGUUUUAUUGCUCAUCUCUACCCACAGAUCAGUCACUUGAUCCCAGCCUUGCUGGCCAGCAACCCAUUCAGCGGAAGUUCCCGGAAGCAGUUGGAACACUACCGGCAGCUGAUCGUCUCAGGCCGGUUCCAAAAAUACAACAAACGCUUCCAGUUCCAGAACCAUCGCUUCCGGAGCUCCAGCGAUGAAGAGUACAACCUCGGCCGGGUUACAGUUUCCCCGAUUAUGAUCCACUUUGGACUUCGAGACGAUGUCGUGAAUCCAACGGAUGUCCGAAACCUAGGCCGGGAUCUUAAGCGACUUCUUGGACCCCAGCGAGUGCAAAUGAAACCUUACGAAACGUUCCGGCACACGGAUUUCGUCAGUCGCGCCGAGGCCUCCCAGCUCGUUUAUCCGGUGAUUGUGAGAUCCAUUGAAUCGACUCAAUAAAAAUUAGUGAAUCCGGGGACUGACUCCCAAA